ACCAAAUGUUGGGGCAGCGCGCUGCGUGCGCUGAGGAAUCCGGUGGGACGGGCAGAGCAGCUGGGUCUGGAGAGGCCAGAGGGGUCUGGGUCCUGGCCAUGCGAGGACGUGGAGACCAGCGGUGGCCCGCGCCCCAGGAGAGCUAGCUCAGCACCGCUACAGGGGAGCGCUAACAACCAGGAGAGCUAGCUCAGCACCGCUACAGGGGAGCGCUAACAACCAGGAGAGGAGCUAACUCUGCACUGCUAGCUCAGCACCGCUACAGGGGAACGCUAACAACCAGGAGAGGAGCUAGCUCCGCACUGCUAGCUCAGCACCGCUACAGGGGAACGCUUACCACUGAAGAGCUGCAGGCAGGGUGCAGAGCGGGAGAACGGGCUGGAGCUCGUUAUGGACGCCAGGCCCACUGUGCUGCUGCUGUCUGUGUUUGGGCUCAUCUGGGCCUCCACCCUGGACCAUGACUAUGGGGGGGUUCCCGUCUGGAUCGACCGGGCCCGGGGGGAGCCCAGCGUGCUCAGCCUGCGGGGGCGCAUCCUGGGCGGGUACCAGGCCGUGGAGGACGAGGGCUGCCCGGCGGAGUGUGACUGUCCCAUCCAGUGGCCCUCGGCACUGUACUGCGACCAGCGGGGGCUGGGCAGCGCUCCAGCCAGCCUGCCAGCCGGGACCCAGUACCUCUUCCUCCAGAACAACAACAUCUCCGGACUGCAGCCCGACGCCUUCAGCAACGCCACCCAAAUGCGCUGGCUCUUCCUGGAUCGGAACCAGCUGCUGAGCGACCGCCUGCCGGACGCCUUGCUGGCCAACCUGUCCCGGCUGGAGAACCUCUUCCUCAAUCACAACCGCCUGACGGAGGUGCCCUCGGGGCUGCCGGGGGGGCUUAAGCAGCUCCGGCUCGCCCACAACCGCAUCGGCCGGAUCCCCCACGGCGCCUUCCGAAACCUCCCCCACCUCUCCCUGCUGCUGCUCCAGGGAAACCGGCUCAAGGUGUUGGGAAAGGCUGACUUCACAGGCCUGUCAUCCGUCAUCCUGCUGGACCUCAGUCACAACCUCCUGGAGGUGUUCCCCAAACACCUGCCCCCGUCCGUGCAGCAGCUGUACCUGUCCCAUAACCAGCUCCGGGGCCUGUCCCGGGACAGCCUGCGGGGCUUCCAGAGCCUCCGUUACCUGCGUCUCAGCCACAACCAGCUGCACAGCCCGGGCCUGCCGCCCGCGGCCCUCAACCUGUCCUCCCUGGUGGAGCUGGACCUCUCCUACAACCUGCUCACCUCCACCCCCGUGGUGCCUAAUACGCUCCUCUACCUGUACCUGGAGGCCAAUCUAAUCCAUGAGUUUAAUGUGACAAGUUUCUGCAGGACAGUGGGUCCGCUGGACUACUCCCGCUUGAGAAUCCUCAGGUUAGAUGGGAACAAGAUGGACUCCCACCAACUGCCCCCAGACUGGGUGAUGUGCCUGCGAGUACUGCAUCAUCUGUAUAUAUAACCGGUGUCUCAGCGGAGUCUCAGUGCUGUCUCAGUGGAGUCUCAGUGCUGUCUCAGUGGAGUCUCAGUGCUGUAUCAGUGGAGUUUCAGUGUUGUCUCAGUGGAGUCUCAUUGCUGUCUCAGUGGAGUCUCAUUGCUGUCUCAGUGGAGUUUAGUCUCAUUGCUGUCUCAGUGGAGUCUUGUCUCAUUGCUGUCUCAGUAGAGUCCAGUCUCAUUGCUGUCUCAGUGGAGUUUAGUCUCAUUGCUGUCUCAGUGGAGUUCCAAUACUGUUUCAUUUCUGUCUCAGUGGAGUCUCAUUGCUGUCUCAGUGGAGUUUAGUCUCAUUGCUGUCUCAGUAGAGCCCAGUCUCAUUGCUGUCUCAGUGGAGUUUAGUCUCAUUGCUGUCUCAGUGGAGUCUCAGUGCUGUCUCAGUGCUGUCUCAGUAGAGUCUAGUCUCAUUGCUGUCUCAGUGGAGUCUGGUCUCAUUGCUGUGUCAGCAUAGUCUCACUGCUAUCUUAACAGAGGCUGCACUUCCUUUUGCAUGAAUAUAGCUGAUUUUAGAACGGUGCUCCCCUAUUGUUUGUGUAUAAUGAAAACAGCCAUGCGCACAUAAAAAUAAUCUUUAGAUUAGACCUCAGCAUUUUAACUGCUCUAAGUCGAAGGUUUCUGCAUUUUAAUAAAUCAUUUUCACAUGUCAGUGAUGAACUAAUUUAAGAACUGACAAAUGAGCUUGUCCAAACUGGAGUAUUUAAAACUCCUGCUUACUUACCUUUUACACACAGGUGAAAUAAUCAUUUUACAGUGCUCUACGGCGUAUUCUUUGUGAUGCCAGUGCCAUGCAUUUAGUGCAGUUCAACCCCAGCCUAAUGCCCAGAGACACCUCUGUCUGAGCCACUUCACCAUGGUGACAGCCCUUCGUAUUGAAGGCAUUAUUUCAGAAUUACAACGUAGUCUCACUAGUCUCUAUACCUGUCUCAGCUAUCCCACCACAUUCUAGUCUGAGUGUGACCACACACACACACACACGCACGCAUGCACAUGCACACACCCACACGCACACUCACACGCACACACACACUCACACGCCCACGUGCAUACACACACAGGCACACACCCACACGCACACCCACACGCACACUCACACGCACACACACACACACACAUGCACACGCACACGCACACGCACACGCACACAGACACUCACACUCACACUCACACGCACACACAUGCACACACACACACACACACACACACACACACAGUUUAAGCACCAGCCUCAUCCCAGCCCUCACACACACUAGCACUGUGCAGCCCACACAAAGACUGCUUUAGCAGGACUGUGAAAUGGUUGUUGCAAGGAACUCCUC